ACGACAAUGACUUUUUUUGGAAGCAAAAACUCCAGGAAAGCGAUUGUUUCUUUUUGGCCCAAAGAGGAUCUUUUACCGAAAUAUGGAGAAAUCAGAAUAGAUUCACGCAUGGAGAAUGAAAUACAGGAUUCUGUACGUCUAGAAAGACUUAAUGAAGUAGUGUAGAAGAACAAAUAAACAGAGUUUGUGCGACAGUGGCCGUGUUCAGGUUUCUGAUGAUUCUGAGAUCCUCCUGAAUCUUCUGGGCUCAAACCAUGCAGAUCCUGCUGUGCUUCAGCCUCGGUUUCUUAAUACUAGACUCUUGCACAGGCCACACUUCAUUCACUUGUGAGCCUGUUCAUGUGCAGUGGUGCCACGGCAUGCCCUACAACAGCACAUUCUUCCCUAACAUGCUGGAGCACUAUGACCAGCACAUCGCUGUGGUGAAGAUGAAGCCCUUCAUGCCUCUGGUCAGCCUGCGCUGUUCUCCUGAGGUACAUCUCUUCUUGUGCCAGGCGUUUGUCCCCGAGUGUACUGACCACACACGUGUCCAGCGGCCCUGCAGAGAACUGUGUGAGCGAGUUCUGUCUGACUGCAGCAGAGACAUGCUGACCUUUGGCCUCAGCUGGCCGUCCGAGCUGCAGUGUGACCGAUUGGAGUUGUGUCGUGGUUCUGCUGUUUCAGGCGUGGAGGUGACUACAUCCAGUAGCUCUCUGUCCUCCAGCCGGGAUCUGGGCUUCUGGUGUCCUCUUCAGCUGAAGACUCGUCCUGGUCAGGGUGGCUCUUUCCUCGGGGCUCAAGACUGUGCUCCACCAUGCCACAACAUGUACCUUAAACCGCAAGAAGUUCAGUUCGCCAAGACCUUCAUUGGCGUGUGUUCCAUCGUGUGCUUAUGUGCAACUCUCUUCACAUUUUUAACCUUCCUCAUAGAUGUGAAGCGUUUUCGCUACCCUGAGCGGCCAAUCAUCUUCUACUCCGUUUGCUACAGCUUUGUCUCUCUGGUGUAUUUUGUUGGCUUUGCGCUGGGUAACAAGGCUGCUUGUAACGAGCCAAGUCUGCCAGGCCGCGUGAAGACGGCUGUGCUGGGAGCCCAGAGUCGUGUGUGCUCGCUGCUCUUCAUGCUGCUGUACUUCUUCUCCACGGCAGGAAUGGUGUGGUGGGUGGUUCUGACCAUCACUUGGUUUUUGGCCGCAGGGCCGGAGUGGAGCUGUGAAGCCAUAGAGAAGAAGGCGGUGUGGUUUCACACAGUGUCCUGGGGUCUCCCCGGAGCACUCACUGUUGUGCUGCUGGCACUGGAGAAGGUGGAAGGAGAUGGACUCAGCGGUGUGUGUUUCGUCGGUCUUUACGAUCUCACCACACUGCGCUGGUUUGUGGUUGCUCCACUGGCCAUCUCAGUGCUGGCCGGCCUCUCACUGCUGCUUGCCGGCAUCAUGUCUCUGAACCGUGUGCGUCAGGUGAUCCAGCACGAUGAGCGGAACCAGGAGAAGCUAAAGAAGUUCAUGAUCCGCAUCGGAGUGUUCAGUGGCCUUUACCUGCUGCCUCUGCUGGUCCUGCUCGGCUGCUAUCUGUAUGAACAAGCCCACCGCAGCCGCUGGGAGAACAGCUGGAUCCACCGACACUGCCAGGAAUACAGCAUUCCCUGUUCCCGCCAUAGUGUUGAAGUGGAACAACCUGAGCUCUCGCUGUUUCUUAUUAAAUAUCUAAUGACGCUGAUUGUGGGAAUAUCAGCUGUGUUCUGGGUCAGCAGUAAGAAAACCUGCUCAGAGUGGGCGUCAUUCUUCAAGAGAAAUCGCAAGAAAGAUCCGAUCAGCGAGAGUCGGCGUGUGUUGCAGGAAUCCUGUGAAUUCUUCCUCAAACACAACAGCCAUGUGCAGCACAAGUCCAAGCACUACAAGUCGUCCUCACACAAGCUGAAGGUUGUGUCGAAGUCCAUGGGCACCAGCACAGGUGUGCACUCACCUGUCACCAGUAACCACGGCAACACACCUGUGUCUACUGUGGUCCACAAUCACUGCAUUCCAAGCCAGAGCAUCUCCGAUCCGCAUCGUUCCUCGGAAACGUCCGCUCAGGAGUGCGUGGUAUCAGCAGCCACUGAGAGACGCAGUAAAACUGACACUUCCAGCCGAAUCAGCAGCCACACACAGAGCUCACACAGGUUGACACCCAAAGAUGAUUCUCUACAGGCUGACCAGAGCUCCUUCCACUGCAUCAACAACCAAUGAAAUCUCAGGAUCGGCUUUGAAUCUGAAUGAAGGCCUCUUGGCUCCGCCUUCCUCGUUCUCUCUGCAUUUUCAUUAUAGAUGUCCACAUUACUAGAUGUUUUUAUAUUCCUGUUCACUACUGUAAGCUUGAAUGUCAUAAUGGUAAUGCAGCUCAUAUUUACUGACAGGUUCUGUAUAGAUUCACCAUGAAUGUCGUCAGUUUUUGUAGGAACAAAAGUGCAUAUUUGUAAGUGGUUCGUCACUGGAAUAGUCUUAACACUGACAUUUCUGACUUGGAUCUGUGAACAAAAGCAAGAGAUUUAAUUUAGGAUUUACUCUUAAACAACUCUCUACACCAUGUGCUCUAACUGUUUGCCAAAAACACUUCCCAAAAAUAAACGGCAAUAUUGUUUAUAAAUAUUAACUGUGUUCUUUAGUAAAACUUGCUUAAAAUGAUAAAGAUUAAGGCAUUUAACAUUUCAGCUGUAUCUCUACUUUUCUUUCGAAAAGAUCUUUUGAUAUUGCUUUGCUAAAAUUGCUUUUUUUGUUGUUUUUUUGCAUAUGUACUUUGUGACCUUAGACGGGAAAGUGCUUUUAAUGUUUGAUAAGUGUGUUUUGCACCUUGUGUCAUUACCAAAAUACUUGUAUCUAACAAGUUCCUCUUAAACAGUAAAUAAAAGGUGUGCAAAUAUAUUGGGUGGAGGAUAGAUUGUGUCAGUUAAAUAUGUCCGUCAAUAAAGAAUUGCUUUGUCUGCCAUCUAUUUUAUUAUACAUAUUUUAUUGUGAAAGUAAUUUUAAAAUAAAACUUCUCAGUUUUGACAAA